GAAAGAUGGCAAAGUUGGUGGGACAUGUAGGAACAGGUCUUGGUUUCUUUCUAAUAGGUAUUUGGCACUUGUUUAACCAUAUUAAACUACAUGUUUUGCACCCAAAUGGCUACACUUCUUUACUAUGGUUCCCAACACCAAAAAUAAGACAUUUUGAACUUUUCUUGAUUAUGUGUUUUACCUUAAUUUUCUUAUUAAUGGAAAUUUUUGGUAAUCAUAAUCUACUAAAUUUAGAUGGAACAAUCCCUUCUAACCAUCUUCAUUAUCUUGAACAUUCAUGUAUCUCUUUAUCUUUAUUUAUUUAUUCAUUUUUCUCCAUGUUAAUUGACAAAAUUACCCCUACAAUCCAUUCCCAAAAUGGACUUACAAAUUUUCUUGCAUCAAUUGCUUUUGGCCAAGAAUUACUUCUAUUUCAUCUUCACUCAAGUGACCAUAUGGGGGUUGAAGGACAAUACCAUUGGCUUUUACAAAUAGUAAUUUUUGUGUGUUUAAUCACUACCCUUUUGGGAAUUCCAUUUCCUAAUAAUUUCUUGAAUAAUUUUGUUAGAUCUUAUAGUAUUAUGUUUCAAGGCCUUUGGCUUAUGGUUAUUGGUGUUAUGCUUUGGACACCAAAAUUUAUACCAAAAGAUUGUUUUAUCAAUUUGGAAGAAGGGUAUCAAGUUGUUAGAUGUCAUGGACAUAAAUCACUUGAAAGAGCAAAAUCAUUAGUGAAUAUUGAAUUUAGUUGGUAUAUUAUUGGAACCACUUGUUUAGUGGUUUCUCUUUAUUUGGUUGGUUUCAAGAUUUUCACAAAAAAUAUUAAUGUUGAGUAUCAAUCCAUAAAAAAUAAUUUUGAGGAUAAUCAAGAAGUGGAUUUUAUGGAUGUUGAAGAUCAAAAGAGAAGUCAAUUGAAGAAGAAGUUUGUUGAAAUGGGCAAAGUGUUUGCUACAUAA